AUGAAGGCAAGGGGGAAUACUCCGUGUCACAUCAUUAGCGUCAGAGCGAUCGCGACUGCGACAGACAGGUUGGCGCGAUGGGGCAAUGGGGAAAUGGACUCAACGCGUACCAUUUCCGAACUGAAAUCCUCCUUCAUCCGGGCGCAGGUGCGUAUCCUGUCUGAAAGCCUCCAGGCACCCGAGGAUUGGAGAAGCUAUACCGCCGCCUCGGAGGAGGAUGACCUGAGCGAUAAGGUGGUCGGAGAUGUCCUACAAAAAUUAAACAGCGCAUUGAAGCAGCAUAAUCGCAUUGUGUACUCCUCCCAAGCGAUCCAACAUGUCGCACAGCAAAUCGCCAGCCUCUACUGGACGUCGGUGAACGACGCGAUACGCGACCAGAACUCAUUCGAGAGAGGUAUUGAGAAGACGGUCGAUUUGUCCAACCACUUGUGCGUCGCAACUCUCUUGAACUCCAUUUCUCCCGACCGCAAGAGUCAUUCGACUGACACGUAUCAGAAACCUUACGCAGCUCCCUGUGGAACUCGAGGACCAGUCCGCAAGCGAGGAGGAACGUCUCAGGUUGGGUUACAAUGUGGUAAUUUGGGUUUCAUCCGGCUGACAGGAGGCGGUUACAGGUAUCAGAAGUUACGAGAACGCUUGGUCACUCUUGAUAACCAGCGACAGCAGCGACGACGGCGUCUGGAACAGUUGCGCCGGUUACAGCGCCUUUUGGAACCGUUUCAGGAACCGCAGCAGAAUAUCCAGCCGAACCUUAUUACUCGGGAUGGCGAACUAGUGCAGGAAUUGGAGAAGAUGAGGAUGCUUGUUGCACGGGUAGGAGGUCGCAUCCAACAUAGCAAGAAGCGCGGUGAUAGCCAGGAGGAUCCGACUUCGUAUCGGUUGGACUCGGACCAAAAGCUGGAAGCCCUCCUCGAUAUGAAU